AUGAGUUAUUCAAAGAGACUCUGCUCACUAAAGCAGGUGCAAAAAGGAGUUUUCUUGUCCGAUAGCGAGGGCUAUGGCUAUCUUCUACUUUCGAUGCCAUCUUCUUCAGUCAGUCUUGGGGCAAGGAGUUCUUCCGUCCCUCCCACAGCGGGAUUGAAUUCGUUCUCUUUCAAGCGUACUCUUCUGUGGGCGCCUAUUUCUCAAGAAGAGCCCUUAUUCCGCGGCUCAGGGAAGCAACAGCUCAUUUCAGUGUCGGGGAUUUUUCUGCAAACCUUCAUGCCCGGGGAACUGAACCUGAAACCUUUACCUUCAUAG